UGUGAAGUGUAAUCACGAGCGUCACGAAUUUCGAAGGAGUUCAAUAGAUCCAGUAAUGAAUCGAAACUCCGUCUACCGUCACUCAAAUUAGUGACAAUGUCUUAACGGGGUUCACUAAAAUUUGCAAUAAGGAAUGCAUUUAAAAUUCUUGUAUGUGGAUAAUUGCCCCUCCUCUGGUCGCUGGAUUGCCCUACUGCCAGCUUCGAUUUCAGUGUAUGGUUUUAGGGACCGCUUGAAACGCUCAACGUUGAGUUUAGGACGACACAAUAUGCGAGUAGUUGAAUUUAACUUCAUUGAAAGAAAAGUUUGUGUCAUGGCGGAACCCGUGUUGUGAUUUCAGGUGUGUGGUAGCGUGAUAUUUUGUUCCUGCCUACUGUAGUCUUCAUUCUUUUGAAAGUAGGAUGGCUUCUAGUACCAAAAGUUUGAAGCCUUCAAAAGCUGCAAUAGAACAAUUUUGUGCUGUAACAGGGGCAUCAAAGGACACUGCAAAGCAGAUGCUGGAAGUUUACCACGGGAAUGUUGAAAUGGCUAUCAACAUGUUCCUGGAGGACCAGGAUGGAGCAUCUUCCUCUAGUCAUGUUCGAGACCCAAUUCCACCCCAGCAGUCAGUCCUUGUUGAGACAUCAGGAUUUCAGAGCUAUUCAAGUAGACCAAAAAGGGCGGCACAUUCUGUGUUUGACACAUUCCGAGAUUUCCAGGUGGAAACACGUCGGCAAGAAGAAAUGAUGACAGGAUCUAACAUAUCCCCAAGAAAGAGGAGUUUGGAAGACUUGUUUCGUCCUCCAUUGGAUCUUAUGUUUCAUGGAACAUUCCAGAAUGCUCGAGAUGCUGGAGUAGCUCACCAAAAGUGGCUCUUGGUCAAUGUGCAGAAUGUACUGGAGUUCUCAUGUCAGAUUUUAAAUCGUGAUAUAUGGUCAAAUAGAGCCAUCAAGACUGUCAUCAAAGAACAUUUCGUUUUCUGGCAGGUAUAUUUGGACAGUGCAGAAGGUCAACGGUAUGCUGCCUUCUAUGGUGUGUCGGAUUGGCCGUAUGUAGCGGUCAUAGAUCCACGUACAGGGGAGAGUCUAAGAGUGUGGAAUGAAAUAAAUGGGUCUUCAUUUUGUGAUACUUUACUGGAAUUUCUUUGUCAGCAACAGUCAAUGCAGAUCCCCCAAAAGAGAGCAAAACUCUCAAACUCUCCAUUGACUGCAGAGGAUGCUCCAAAUGGUGUAGUUCAUACAUCACCUAGGCAUGUUAAUGUACUUGAAAUUUCGUCUCCUUCAGGGUCUUCUGUUCCCUGUGCUGCAGAAACUGCAAGUGAUUUAACACCAUCAGGUUGUGUCAUUCCAUUGGCUCUUGUAAACAAGCCAACUAUUUCUGGUCCGAUAUCUUCACCAUCCACUAGUGCAAUACUGCCAUUGAAAAACACUGCCAUAUCUGAGAAUACUCAUGCCACAUCAUUUACACCUGUGCCAGCUACCCACACGCCAGCAGAAAACAAUGUGCCUGCUUCCGAUUCUAAAUCCAUGUUGGAUGCGAAUGAAGAUGAUCAAAUUGCAGCAGCAAUUAAAGCAUCAUUAGCAGAAAAAGUUUUUAAUGGAAUUGAUUCUGCAAGUAAUGAAAAGUCCACAAAAAAGAAAAUUGACUCUUCAAGUUCUGAUGAAGAUGAAACUAGUGACAAAGAAAGUUGGAAAUUAUACCUUGGGGCUGGUGAUGUUGUGGAGAUGUGUUUCCUUCUUCGUUAUCCUGAUGGUACAAGAGAACAGCUUGUUGUCCCAGCAACUGCACAGAUCAGGGCUCUCACGUCUUAUGUUGCUUCCAAAGGAUUCCGUAGGAAGGAUUAUGAAAUGGUUAUAAACUUUCCACGACGUGUUCUUUCUGAUAUGGAUGGGACCAUUGCAGUGAAAGACUUAGGCCUGCAUCGGCAGGAAACAGUGUUUGUGCAGCUCCGAUGAUGCAGACUACUGGGAACUCAUGCUAGGAUGUUCAGAUUUAUAUACCUCAUACCCCAUCCGUCGUUCAUUCACUUUACCGAAGAUAAAAACAUCAGACAGUGAACUAGAGAGUGUGUGUAAGACAGAAAACAAUUGUGUUAUUUAAACAUGAAAUGCAUACAUUGUGACAGAUUUUUAUGAUUUUUGUAUAUUUCCUAAUAUUUAGGACUGGGUUUAUGACUAGGGAUUGCUGAUUAAUGGAUGAGGAGGGAGAAAUAAAAUGUUGUUAAAUGUGGUGUGAUAACUGUAA